AUGCAGCAGAGGGAAGAGAAGCAGCUGGAGGCGGGGCUGGACGCCCUGAUCGUGCGGGUGAAGGACCUGAGGGACUCGAUCCACGCCUUCCUCAUGAAGUUAGAACACGAACACCAGACCCUGCAGUGGACUUCUGUACUGGACAGCUUCGCCCUGCUGUCUGGACAGCUCAGUACUCUACAGAAACUGGUUAUGAAGGAGAAGAUGCCGUCUCUACAGAACCUGAUCUUCCUGCCCCUGGUGCUGUCCCCUGACAGCGACCCACAGCUGGAGACCACCACUGAGGGGAGGGUGCCUGUCUUCAGCCAUGAAGUGGUUCCAGACUAUCUGCGUACCAAGUUUGAACCAGAGGUGGAGUCCAGGGAGAAGACUCUCACCACGCAGUCAGAACGUCUCACUCCGGAGGCGGCCCAGAAACAGAUCCAGCAGCUCAACAACCUGUGCGACAAACUCCUGAACAAGCUGAACGCAGCGAGCGAAGACUGGGACUCGGAGGUGUCUGCCUCCCAGGGGAGCACCCCAGCGUCAUCCCUAGCGGACACCAGCGCUCUCAUUGCCGCAGUGAGCUUUGGGAAGGGGUUGAAGCCCAGCAGGACCCCCAGUCAGAGCGGCCCUGACACCCCCCAGUCCCAGCCCUCCCCCCAGGCCUCCCAGGCUGGCCCCGCCCCAGGAAAGGCUCCCAGCACCAUCAAAACUAACAUCAGAUCAGGGGCCAGCUCACACCCAUACCAGAGAUGAGAUGUACAGGAUUUGUGUUUGAUGUUAUUGGCACAAAUAAGUCUUUGUAAAGUUUUGUAAAAACUAAUAAAAUCCUUCGCUUCAC